GGCGUGUGGGCUUCUUCGCAGUUCGUCGUCGUCUCCACCGUCGACGCCGCGGCAAACCUGCGCCACCACGGGAGGAGACCGGCCAUGGUGGCGAUGGAACUGGAGAUCCUGGGCAUGAACUUCGGGUGCGUCCUCGCGGCGCUGAGCGACGCCAAGAUCCCCGACAAGGGCUGCCUCCUCCCGCUCAUCUCCAAGCUGCUCGGCUACGCCAUCGUCGCCGCAUCCACCACCGUCAAGCUCCCCCAGAUACUGAAAAUUUUGAAGCAUGGAAGUGUUAGAGGACUUAGUGUAGCAUCCUUUGAGCUUGAGGUCGUUGGCUACACGAUUGCUUUGGCAUAUUGUAUUCAUAAAGGACUUCCCUUUUCAGCUUAUGGAGAGCUAGCUUUUCUGUUAAUCCAAGCAAUUAUCUUGGUUGCAAUCAUUUACUAUUACUCCCCGCCAAUGGGAAGCAAAACAUGGAUGAAAGCUUUAUUAUAUUGUGGACUGGCUCCAACUGUUUUGGCUGGAAAAAUUGAUCCUGGUCUUUUUGAAGUCCUUUAUGCUUCACAGCAUGCUAUCUUCUUUUUUGCUAGAGUUCCACAGAUAUGGAAGAAUUUUACGAAUAAGGGCACUGGCGAGCUCAGCUUCCUUACCUGUUUCAUGAACUUUGCUGGUUCUAUUGUAAGAGUUUUUACCAGCAUCCAGGAGAAGACUCCCUUAAGUGUGAUCAUGGGCUCUGCAAUUGGCAUCGUCAUGAACGGUACACUCUUGGGUCAGAUACUACUGUACCAGAAGCCCACCCCGAAGAAACAGAAGAAAGAAGACUAAGCAACAAGCAAGAGAGGCAACAGAAAGUUCUUGUUCAUGGUUAUUUAGGAUUCUGUUUUAGCACUCUUCGUCUGAGCAAAAGGCACCGGUAUACGAACUUGUUGGUUAACUUGUUUUAUGAGGAAAACAAUAGGCAGAAUACAGUCUUGCUAUGUAUGGAGAUUUCUGUGCUGUUGGUUUUAGCACUUGGCAGUGUACCAUGACUGAUAUAGUUCAUACAACUGUCGUUAGCUUGUGUCUGCGUAAGCUGCUGUUGAUGGAUA